AUGUCGAGUAUUCCCGCGGCGCAGAUUGUCGAUGGCCGCAAGACGUUCAUCCCUCUCGAGAACAACCCAGAAGUGCUAUCGCAUCUUUGUCGGAACCUGGGCAUCUCCCGAGAUCUUGCCUUUCAUGAUGUUCUCUCCACAUGCCCAGAGCUGCUCGCCUGGGUUCCCCGGCCCGUCUAUGCUUUGAUCCUGCUCGCGGACAGGCCAAUCUACAAUGCUGCCCGUUCGGCCAUCGAGCCCACCGUCCCCGAAUACCAUGGCUCGGGCCCGGAUGAGCCGGUGAUGUGGAUGAGACAGACGAUCGGGCAUGCUUGCGGGCUGAUGGCGCUCCUUCACUCGGUCUGGAAUCUGGAAGGUGGUCAGCAUGUUCCCACCGGGUCGAGACUGGACGCCCUCUUCAAACAAGCCGUUGAGCUGGGCCCUGCCGAGAGGGCGCAAUUACUGUAUGAUUCCAAGUUCCUCGAGGAGGCCCAUAUGGACGCUGCCUCGCGGGGUUCGUCGAUUGCCCCUUCGCCGCAAGACGACAAUCACCACCAUUUUGUGGCCUUUGUUGUGAGAGAUGGGCAGGUGUGGGAGUUAAAUGGAGGGUUGAAUGGUCCUCUUCAGCGAGGAACUCUGACCGGCGAGGAUCUGCUGAGCGAGCGGGGACUGGCGAUGACCGUUCAGGAUUUCUUAGAUGCCGCCGAAAAGGGUGGACACGAAGGGAUGAGCAUCGUGGCAGUCGCCGGGCCAGAAGCUGCUCUGCCACGAGGGGAAUUGGCAUGGCAGUAG